GUUACCGAUGGGCUGACGCGGAAAUCCGAAUGUCUAGCUGGUGAGAAGGCGGCAUGGAAAUUUCUGAAAAUGACAAUCUACAUAUCUUUAUAAUAAACGUGUCAUAAUUUCAGACACUAGAUGUUGAUUCAGGGCAUCUUAACUGGGUGAAGACAACCUAGAAAAACAGUGUUUUCUUAUUGGACAACCUUUGAGCUAGACAAGAAAGCAUGUUACACUCAUAUAGUAUUUUUCGCUUGAGUUGUAUUAUUUUGUUUCUACCACUUGGAUCUGUGUAUACAAAGGACUUUAACGCAUUAUGCUCAACAUGCAGACAAUUAGUCGACAAUUUUGACAAGGGUCUGGAAAAAACAGCGAAGCAAAAUUUUGGUGGUGGAAACACAGAAUGGGAAGAGCGAAAACUCUCCAAAUAUGAAUUGAGUGAGAUUAGGUUGACGGAAAUACUGGAGGGCUUGUGUGACAGCAGCAGUUUUGAGUGCAACCACAUGUUGGAAGAAAAUGAGGAACACUUUGAGACGUGGUGGUUCAAGAGGAAAACGAAACACCCUGAUCUGUUCAAGUGGUUUUGUAUAGAGACCAUCAAAGUGUGCUGCCCAAAAGGCUUAUUUGGUCCUGACUGCAACACUUGCAUUGGAGGAGCUGACAAACCAUGCCAUGGUAAUGGCAAAUGUGAUGGAGAUGGAACAAGGGCUGGAAAUGGGAAGUGCAGUUGUGAUGAGGGAUAUGAAGGGGAGUUUUGUCUGGACUGCAGUGAUGGUUAUUUUAGUGCACUGAGGAAUGAUACAUUCUCCUUGUGCAAAGAGUGUCAUGAGUCUUGUGUUGGCUGCACUGGAGGAACCAAUCAGGAUUGUAAAGAAUGUAGGAAUGGCUGGGAGAAAGACCAAGAAGGAGCAUGCAUUGACAUCAAUGAAUGCACCAAAGAUCCAGCUCCAUGCAAAGAUAACCAAUACUGCCUAAACACGGAAGGAUCUUUCUCCUGUAAAGAAUGUGAUAUCAGAUGCUCUGGUUGCAAAGGACCUGGUGCAAGUAACUGCCUCACCUGUGCUGAUGGCUUUAAGGAUGAAGAAAGCACCUGCACAGACAUCAAUGAAUGCACCGAAGAUCCAGCUCUGUGCAAAGAUAACCAAUACUGCCUAAAUACAGAUGGUUCUUUCUCCUGUAAAGAAUGCGAUACCAGAUGCUCUGGUUGCAACGGACCUGGUGCCAAUAACUGCCUCACCUGUGCUGAUGGCUAUAAGGAUGAUGAAGGCACCUGCACAGAAGAGAAUAAGGAAGUGGCUGCCUUUGAUUCUGAAGGUUCCCAAACUGGUGACUCACCCGAAAAACAUGAAGACCUCUGAAGUCAUAUGGCUUGAAUGCAGAAAACAGCCUCCAGGACACAAUAUUUGCCUAGGGACCACUAGUUUCUGCAUUGUCUAAAUACUGUUUGUUCUUCUGGAAUAAUCAAGAGUGAAAGGCACUUACAGUAAAUAUUUAAGAAACAGCACUUUUUAAUUUGUGGAACAUGUUUUUGCAGUAGACCCAGUCAGCACAACUUUCUCAGUGAGCAAGAUUUACUUAGGAUACAUUCACAGCUCUUUUUUUUUUUACUUAUAUGCCCCCUCCCAAU